UUUAUCAAAGUCUGUUUACUUGUCUGUGUACAACCAAACAACCAACCAAAGCACGUAGCCUCUGUAUGUCAAAACAAAGCGGCAUGAGCGGCAUAGUGCGUGUAAACAUCGAACCUCGCUAUAUUCUCACUGUAUCACAAACAAUUUCCAACGAAUAAACGAUAUUUUUUAUUAUUUAUGAGCCAACAGUUUAAUUAGCAUCAGAAAUGGGCAAGAAGAAAAACAAACCCCAAGAAGAAGUCACAAAGGUGCCUGGCGAAGAUGCCACACGGAAGGAACAAGGAAAGCGAAAAUCAACCAGCGACGAUGUUACGGACAUACCAUCAAAAAAAAUUAAAAAAGGAUCCCCUCAGUCUACCGAUAUCACCGCUGGAACAACACUUGAGCAAGUACUACUAGUGAACCCAUCCCUCAAACCGAAAAAGAAAACCAAACGCGCCAAACAGCGCGAGAAGCAUGCCAAGAACCAGGAGGCUAAACAGGAGAAAGCGAAAGAUCGCGAUCGACAGGAAGUGAAAGAGUAUCUGCGAAUGUGGAGUGAGGACAAAGACAAAUGGAAAUUCCAAAAACUUAAACAAAUGUACAUACAAACGCAUGUGUUCGACGAGGACCAUCUAGAUGGGGAAAUGUGGCCAACUGUGUUGGAAUAUCUGUCGGGAUCGAAAGGAUCCGGUAAAGAAGCCCUGCUGAAACGUGCCGAGGCCGUUGUGAAAGAAAUUGACAAGCAAGCCAAAGAUUCUGAAGACGAUACGCUCCUCCAGAGCAGCAAGUAUCAGCGAGCGCGAGAACUGUUGCAGAAUAUUGUAUAGUUAGGAUAUAAGCUAACAAAUAAAUUUAUUUUUUUUUUUGA